GUAUUAGUAACAACAAAAAUUGAGAAAAAAUUUUUUUUUCUUUUUCUUGUGUGUACAAUAUGAGAAUCAAAUGUCAGGGAAGAAAAUUUUUUAACACCAGGUGGCUUUAGUAUCACGAAUAUGUGUUGCACGUGGAAUGAUCGACAUACUAAUUGAUCAGUAGUUCACGAUUUCGCGUGCUUCAAACUUUCAAUCAUGACCGAGAAAACACCAGGUCCCAGUAGGGCUCGGUCCCGCGUCGAUCGGUUAGGUCGUUUCAGUUUUCGGUGCGGUUCUAUCGGGUUUGGGUGGCCUUUUUUGUUUCCCAUGGGUAUGUGGGUCGACUUCCGGGUGAAACCGGUUCAAGGGAAAGAAGUUAAUCGGUUCCAAAACACGUUUUUUUUAUUCCGAUUACACUGCUUUCUGACCCGAUUACCCGACUUUUGCCCCGAUUCUUACCCAGAAAUUUUAUUUAAGCUUAAAAUUAGGAUAAUUCAUCGUAUUUUUCAUGGUUUUGUCAUUUGGCGCCACGCAUCCACCAUUUUUUCAAGAUGGCGCCGGGUCUAUCGGUUUCACCGGGUAUUUUGAACCGAACUGAACCGCUUGAAAACUACCUACCCGAAUCGCAACCGAUCGGCCAUUUUUUGGAUAGGUCGGUGUGGUUUUUUGGGGUUCAGGUAAUCGGGGCCGAGCCCUAGGUCCCAGUGUCUGAUGUGAUAUGGCAAAAUUUUCUUUCCAAGGAAGCGUGGUUUUUUGUCGGCCAUGACACUUCUCACUUGGCCAUGUCGUGGCAAAAACUGUUUUUCAAUUGCUGUAACCCACCAGUUGGUUGAAAUAGCAUUCUGGUUGUUCAGAUGUUGCUGUUGUCAAAGCAAAAUGGCCAGUCUGAAUGUUUUGUCAAGAAACCAAACGAGCAAGUAAUGAUGAGCCUAAUAUUACCACUUGCUCUGGGAAGUGCUGGAUAGGCCUACUUUUAUGCCGUAACCAGAACUGUUGAUGGUACAUAUGAAGUAAAUGAUUAAUGAACUUCUUACCUGUGAUACAUGACCAAAUGAAAUUGUUUGAAUCAUUUUGUCAUGUCUUGAUGAGAUACAAAUAGUUCUAAACCUGAAAUAGGUUUUUCUGCUAGUCACCUACUAUUGCUCAACAUGUUCAGUGCUGGAAAACAAUGAUAUGAGAUGGGAGACAUUAAUUUAAAAGGUCUGUGUUCACAACAAGUUAAAAAAAUGAUGAACUGUGAAGAUCUCAUAGGCAUUUUUAAUUUCUUGAAAACAGAAAAAAACAUGUCUUAAGUGCAUUGACUUUUCAAUGUUCAUUUCAUCAGUUGGUGCGCAAUAGUUAAGAUAAUCUUUCUUUAGUAUUAUAAUUCUUGGAAAUAUUGAUUUGAUUUAUAUAAAUAAAGAUAUAUAUUUUGUAUUUUCUGCAACACAUGUUGGUUUUUGUAAAUCAAGAAUAUAUGUGGGUUGCAGAGUACAUUAAUGGAAUAUUAUGUUUAUGAAGUAGUUUGGGUGAAAUUUUUAGAAUGCAGCUGUAAAAAGAAACGUUUGUAAACCGAAAGGAUUGUCGACGUAGAAACAAGUCUCCCUUGCCAUCUUCAGCAGUAGACACGUGGUGUUGUAGGGAUUACCGUAUUGAAAAGUUAUGACCUUCAACUUCAAGAUGAACAACGGGAUCGGCUCUAGCAUCAUCUUUGCCAUUCGACUGGUACUUCUCUUUCCACUUUUACAUCAAAGUUGUGUCAGCAUAAUGCCUGGAGUCGAAGCCAAUCCGGAUGCAAAGCGCCUGUACGACGACUUGUUAAGUCAUUACAACCGACUCAUUCGACCCGUGAGCAACAAUUCACAAGUGGUCACUGUCGGUCUAGGUCUCCACCUCACUCAGCUCAUUGACUUGCUGCUGCAAUAUGAUGUAAAAAAGAAGGCAGAAGACGGAAGAAAAAGAGAAAAUCUCGAAGGGUUGCCUCGGGAUGGGGGAAAACAAGAUUGCUCUUUCCCACAGGGAUCCUAUAAGCCCAAAUAUAUUGUCAACAAAUCGGCGAUUGGUGCUGCAAAGAAGUGUGUAGUCCUUCUAACCCCCUCAAGUUGUAGGCAAAAGCUUUGUUGUUGACAAAAUCGAUCGAAAGACCGAGAGGAAAAGAAAAAAGCGCUCGCAUAUAGAUGUGUAUAACUGGAAAGAUUUAAAGAACCAAAUUCUCACCACCAACGUCUGGGUCGAACAUGAAUGGAUAGACGCAAAGUUGACUUGGGACCCGGAAGAGUAUGGAGGCGUUCGUGAGCUUAUGGUUCCAUCAGAGCACAUCUGGUUGCCGGAUAUCGUUCUUUAUAACAACGCUGACGGUGAGUAUGCGGUAACAACCAUGACGAAAGCUAUUCUGCACAGCGACGGCCACGUCAAAUGGAAUCCUCCAGCAAUAUUCAAGUCGUACUGCGAAAUCGACGUCCGCUACUUCCCUUUUGAUACCCAGACAUGCUUCAUGAAAUUCGGUUCGUGGUCCUACAGUGGUCUUCAAAUGGAUCUCAAGCAUCUCCACUCUCCAGACGAAAAUUUAGUUGAAAUUGGCAUGAACUUGAAGGAUUACUAUCCCAGUGGUGAGUGGGACAUUCUUGACGUUCCAGCUGAACGUCACGCCAAAAAGUACGACUGCUGUCCCGACGAGUUUUUUGCCGACAUUUUCUUCAACAUAACUUUGAGACGGAAGACGCUGUUUUACACGGUGAAUUUGAUUAUCCCCUGCGUGGGCAUCUCGUGUCUGUCGGUGUUGACUUUCUAUCUGCCGGCAGACUCUGGGGAGAAAGUGGCUCUUUGCAUCACCACUUUACUGUCGCAAACCAUGUUUUUCCUUCUCAUGUCGGAAAUCAUCCCAUCAACGUCACUUGCCAUGCCCUUACUCGGCAAAUAUCUUCUUUUCACCAUGUGUUUGGUCGGACUGUCGGUCCUCAUCACAAUCGUCAUCUUGAACGUGCGCUACCGUAAACCGUCGACUCACAAAAUUUCGCCGUGGGUUAGACGUUUUUUUAUCCAACAGCUACCCAAAAUGCUUUUGAUGCGAAUACCGAAACAGACGGAAGAUUGCGCCUCGUCUCCAAAUACGCCGACCGUCGAGGCAACAGCAGGAAUUUCAUCAAGUCUAAUGUUGCAAGACAGCAGUGCGGGUCAUCCACCAACUGCACCAGUCCGAAUGACGUCAUCGUCGCCAGCCAUUCGACGCUGGUCACGAUCUGCAUCUCCAUUUCAUUUCGGUUCGCAGUUGCUCUGUGAAAUUAUCAACUACAAUUCGGUUCAACAGCAGCAGCAGCAAGAUCGUUAUUACCAACAGCAGCAGCAACAACAACAAUAUCCGCUAUGCGCAUCUCGACUUCCUCCACCGCCACAGACGCCAUCAUCUCCCAUUUCCAUCAUAACGACCAUGCCUUUAUAUCCACCGCCUCCGCCACCCCUUUCAUUCCUACCGACUCAACUUCCUCUUCCUCCUCCUCCUCCUUCUGCUUCUUCACUGACAUAUCCACAUAUUACCUCACGGCGUUCUAGUACCAGUGAGGAUGAUGAUGAUAGCAGUCUACGGUCCUGCUGCCAGGCUUCUGCUCAUACCAGUGGCGGAGCAUUCACCAUGGCAACGGGCCGUGAUUGCGUUACACGCACCGUGAUGACGUGCCCCCAUGAUGAUGAUGAUGGUAGUGGCCGUAACAGCUUACAAAUGAGACGACGUCGUCAAGAAUUUCAUCGACCUAGUCAGCGCAUUCCCAAACGUUUUCCGCUGGAAUUGCAAAAAGCCAUCCGAGAUGUCCAGUUUAUACAGAAUCAUAUGAAACGCGCCGACGAAUACGAUGAGAUAACGAUUGGGGUUUCAUCGCUAUGGUUUUGGAUCGUUUCUUUUUGUGGGUUUUCACGGCGGCCUCGUUGUGCGGUACAAUAUCCAUCCUAUUCACGGCGCCCGCUCUCUACGACGAUUCGAGUCCCAUCAAUCUCAAAUACCUUGACCGAUUGGGCUUUUACUGAACGUUCAACCCCCUUGACCUGUCAGUCUUAAUCAACAGAGCUAGGAGCCGAUUCUAUACAAUCAUUUCCAGAGCUACUGUAUCAAGAAUAGCAACAUAUUGCUCUUGUUUUCUCUACGUAUUUCAUGUAUUAAUGUUGACAUGAGACAUGUAUCAUUAGUGUGUGCCAUAGACAUGUGGGCCUUAUAUCUCCCAAACGCCUGCAUUAUUUGUCGUCCUAUAUUUCUGAAUAUGCUAGCAGACUGACGUACAUUCUUUUCAUACAAUUAGGCAUUUAAACUUAUGUGCAUUGAAGAUUUUUCUCUAUUUCAGAUUUUGGUUUGAUAGCCGUUUUCCACCCACCAAUCGGUAAAGCUGAACGUCAUGAUCUUUAAUAAUAAUUUCCCUAAGUAAUCGCUAUGCAUCACUUAUUUGACGUACUUUUUUUGUUUCAGCCAUCAGCUGCAACCACGAAAAUGGAUUCAUUGUUUCCCUUUGAAUGUGUGUAGCAAACACUCAGGCUGUGAAUCAUUGUCGACACAACGAAAACUAUACAAUUGCUUGUAUGUUAGUGGGUCCUGUAAGCUAACCCAAUCUCAUAUUUAUACUAGAAAACACCCGCUUGACCUUCAUCUGAUUGUUGAAUAGGAUCAAUUAGUUUCGUCCAACAAAAGUACACAUAACUUUCAUUAUUGAACCUUAAAAAAACUAUUAGGAAACCACGUUUGCUAUCCGAUCCGCUUACCCAUUGAUUUCAGCCAACGACAUCUAGUUGUCACAACAUUAACAAAAUUCUAAAUCCUGCAGACAAAAGCAACCUGGUCUCAGUCGUCGCCAACUUGCAACGUAUUUUGUGGAUUCCGUCGCCCUUGUGUACGACAUACAGCAUUUCUGUGUU